AUGCCUCAUUAUCCAGCUAGACCACCACCUGGUAUACGUCGUGUGAUCUGGAAUCAACGAAUAUGGCUGGAAUCGACAUUCGCAACCAGUAUGAUGCAGCCUUGGGAAGUAGCGUUGAUAGUAACCGUUCUCGCUACAGUAACACUAUUAAUCUGGUUCUCGAUUUAUACUUAUCUACCUUCACAUAUCGCAUACUUGGCUAGGAGAUGGUCAUAUUACGUAUAUGGAGAUGAGAACGUUGAAGUUACAGCUCCUAUCAAGAUUUGGAUCAGGAGUCAAUUCGGGAAGGCUUUUGGUGGUGUAAGGGAUAGCAUCGGUGGGAAAGUCCAACUGGAGUUGUGA